UCGCGGCGGCCCGGGAGCGCGCAGAGGCCGCCGGGAAGGGGGCGGAUCGCGGGAGCAUGGCGCACAAGCAGAUCUAUUACUCGGACAAGUACGACGACGAGGAGUUCGAGUAUCGGCAUGUGAUGUUACCAAAGGAUAUAGCCAAACUGGUCCCUAAAACACACCUGAUGUCUGAAUCAGAAUGGAGGAACUUAGGAGUUCAACAGAGCCAAGGCUGGGUCCAUUAUAUGAUCCACGAACCAGAGCCUCACAUACUGCUGUUCCGACGGCCACUGCCAAAGAAGCCAGAAAAAUGAACCUGUUACCUCUGACCUGUGUAUAGAACCUCCCCCUCUCUUUUCUUAGAUACAUGCACCUUUGGGGGGUUUGUCUCCUGUUUUAAAAUAUCUGACAAAUGUUUCAGUACAUUAAAACUCCUGGCGAUUUAACUUCAAGCAAAUCCAAUCAUCAUGACAAUAGUGGCUGGUAGAAAAUGACUUGGCUCGAAACUAGAGUCUGGCCUUUACAUAUGAAAAUCCUGUUGUAUAGAACCCAAUGAUUCUUACCCACUGAGUGUGUCAAUGCUCUCCUGAGUUCUACUUGAGCAGAGAGAUUUUUAACUGCAAAAUCUAGACUUCAACAGUUGAACCAUAAAUAUUUUAACAUUGUUUGGCAUGUGAUAGUUGCUGCUUGUUCAGGGGGUAUGUUGGACUUUAUUCCUGGUGGACACUAUAUCCACUUGCUUGGCAUCUGCUUUAACACUGUUUGAUAUGUAUUUUUGAAUCUUUAUUUUUGAAUAAUUUUUUAAGUUCUAGAAAGUCUGUUCAAAAUCUGUGGUUGAAGUCCUUCAAUAAAGAGGAAGUUUUUUUAAA